CCCCCCGCGCGGGGGACACCCAUGGCGGUCGAGGGGAUGGGGUCCGUGGUCGCGACGGUGAGCGGGUACCACGGCGACGAGCGGCACAGGCUCAUCAAGCUCAUCUCAGAGUCCGGCGCCAGCUACGUCGGAGCCAUGAGCAGGUCCAUCACCCACUUGGUGUGCUCGAGGUUCGAGGGGAAGAAGUACGACAUCGCGAGGAAGCUCCGGACGCGCGUCGUCAGCCACCGGUGGUUCCUGGAGUGUCUCAGGGAGGGGAGGCGUCUCCCGGAGGGCCCCUACUUGAUGGAGAGUGGUGAAGAAGCAGGACCAGUCCCAGAGCUGCCUGCUCGUCCUUGUACACGAGGCAAGAAAAAUGCAGCCACAGAGGGUAGAGUUUUGAAAGAGUUACCUGAUGAUUUCUGUGAUACUCCUACGGCCAGCCAUACUAUUAAGCUUGAUGAUUCAGAUUCUGAUAUGGAGCAUCAGACAUUGUCUGAAUCAUCCCUACUAAAAGAAAAUUUUGGUGAUGGGGACUCUGAGAAGAAUGAUUUAUCAGAUGUUAAGCAAAGAAGAAAACGUUUGAAGUGUUUUAAAAAAUCAAUGGAUAAAGAUGUUCUACACCUGCAGGACAAUGUGUCAAGUGUCAUGGCAAGACAACGCCUUCAUGAGUCAAGCCACACAACGUCCAGGAGCACAUCGAAACAGAAGGGAGAAAGGAACGAUCUCACAGAAAGUGAUAGUUUGUCUGACAGCUUUCAUGAACCUCAGACUUUGGAUACUCUGUCUAUAGGAGCGGGAAGAAAAUUUACCAAGACAAACUUAUUAUCAUCAUCCCUUCGGCAAAGUACCCUGGAUUCAUUGUACGAAUAUGGCGAAACUAGUAGGCAUGAACCAGACAGAAGAAAAGAGCUAAAAAACGCUGACUUAAGGGAGAGUUCAACAAGCUUGCCUCCAUAUGAUUUGUCUGGACAGGAACCAGCUUUCUGUACUCAGGAGCAAAAAGACAAAUAUAGCCUUGGCACUCUAGGUGAUGAUGAAUUGGGAUACGACAAGAAACUCACAGAAAAAUCAUCUAAUUUAGAAAGGCAAGAAGAAUUAUCAUGCGUGAUAUGUUGGACAGAUUUUUCUUCUACAAGGGGCAUCUUACCAUGUGGACACCGAUUCUGUUAUUCAUGCAUUCAAGGAUGGGCAGAUUGUCUGGCUUCCGGGGGGAAAGUCUCAACAUGUCCCCUUUGUAAAGCCAGUUUCACAUGGAUCACUAAGGUGGAUGAGGCAGGCACCUCUGAUCAGAAGAUAUACUCACAGACCAUUCCUUGCGAAGCUUCUACCGAUGUUUCUGUGUUCCAUAAUGAAGGCUAUGACUUCUCUCGAUUCUGGACUCGGCCAGGAGCAUGCUUCCAGUGCCACAGCCGUGAACCUGAGGAGCUUCUUCUAAGCUGCCAUGUCUGCAGGUCGCAGUGGGUGCACUCGUACUGCCUUGAUCCUCCACUGACCCCGUGGACAUGUUUGCAUUGCAGGGGUAUGCGUAUGAUGUAUCACCGCUAUCGCUAGUCUAAAAUUGGAAUAGUCGUGCCAUAGUCUCCUUAUUAGAAUAGUCUGUUUGAGAUUUUAGAGGGAACCUGUAUCCGAAUUUCGUGACAGUUCUUGCCAAAGAACGAAUAAAUUGCUGUGUACCUGUAAGUGGACAUGAUAGAGAUUCGGGGUGUACUGUCAAAUC